AUGUUGUUUUCAACAGAAAGUGAAUGUAUACCUUUUAAAGGUCGAUUAUCGGCAUUUGCAACAAAUAAGAAAAAUCCAUUUUGGAAACAUCCAAACAAAAUUAUUCAAUUUAAUAGAAAAUUGUUUUAUGAUCUUGAUCUUGAUCCAAUUCAAAUGGAAGUAAAUAUUCAAUUUUUAAAUGAAUUAUUAGAGAAAAAGCUUUGGUCAUUCAUUCUUGAAUUGAGACAUAUUUAUGUAUUUUUCAAUAGAAGUGUAAACGAAGAUGCUUUUGAUGCUACAGAACAAGGAAUUACAGUAGCGGUUAGUAAAUUAACAUCAAAUAUUCCCAGAUUACCAAUGUUUAUGUCUAUAAAAGAACAAAGAUUUUUAUAUAAUAACUUUAGUACAAUCUUUAAACAAAAUAAGAUCUUGAAUAAAACAAAUUCAAAUUUCAAGUCAGUUAAAUUUGAUUUCUUUUACAAAUUAUAUAUGAAAAUUCAUUUGGACGUAACUUAUCAAAUUAAUUUGAGUAUUAGAAAUAAAUAUUUUAAUGGUAAUUUAAUGAUGCUUGGAAUUUUUUUAUUGAUGAAUGAAUUGUUUGAUGUUCCAAAUGAUAAUCAUAACAGGCAACGAACUCCAUUAUUAAAAGCUCGAUAUCAAGGUUCAAAAUAG